UUACAUAAAAGGAAGUAGGGGAUAUAUAAACCUCCAGUUUAUUUAGUCCGGGGUUGGUUUCGUGGGAAUUUAUAGGAAUAAACUGAACGAAAAUAAGGAUAAAAAAAGAAGAUUUGGUUCCGAAAAGCUGAAAUCAACAUGGAAAACUACACGUCACGUGAUCAUGCAUCAUUUUCUGGUUCAUAACGACUUCCACAGACCUUGGUUUUUACACGACGUCAGUCGUGCUACAAGAUGACACCAUAGAGGCUGCAAAUUUGGAAAUCAACUGGUUUACCGAUAAUUGGAUGACCGGUUUGACCAAGAACAAAAUGAGGAUUUUCAUAUGUUUGUGUAUAUCUACAUACCAUCAUGGUUGAGUUUGGCGUCAAACGUAUUUGCAAAACGACAAACAUGAUGUCAGCUGGUAAUCACAUUUCAUGCUUUAUGAAAUUGAUAAUGACCGAGAGGUGUUUUAAUGCCGUCGGUGAAUAAAUGCAGCACACAAAUGAUGACAAUAAUUUGAUAAAAAUCUGGACCAAUAUUCCUUAACAUUUAGAUCUCAUAAAUGUUUUGGAAAUAUUUUACGCAAUGAUCAAUGCGGAAACAAUGAAAACCUGUGGUAGAUUCCAUGGUUUUAAGUCCUUAUAUUCAAGUGUGCUUUCGGUGGUUCUGAUAUUCGUACUGGUUGGAAAUCUUUAUAUUAUACCUGAGACAGUGCGUGAUAUUUGUCAGUCCCAAUUUAACUGUCGACCGAAAAUCAAACCCAAAUUCUCCGUCAACUGUUCAACCGGAAGUGACACACAACACCUGACCAGUUUGACCAUGUUCACAACGUUUCCAUUCGUGAAAAAUAAAUUCGAUAUCAAUCGGAAUACUUUACAAAAUUGGAAACACAUUUAUAACUCACCGAAAUUAAUUCUAUUCACAGGCGAUCAAAAAGUAGCAUCGGCAGGGAUUAAAUCUGAUUGGUCAGUUCAAAACAUAAAAACAGAACCCGUAACGGAAGUACCUGCUUUGCGAACGCUUUUUCUGGAAUCUAUAAAACGAUCAAAAACGCAGUUAUAUUUGUAUGCCAAUGCAGAUAUAUUGUUUGACAGGUAUCUUAUCGAAAUUUUAUCAAGUAUCGCAGAAUUUCUGAAAUCAAGUGAUUUACAAAGCGAACCAGUUUUAAUAGUUGGUCAGCGAACGAACGUCAACCUCUCGUCAAUAGACAGCCAGGGGCCAGACGCUUGGAAAAAAAUUCUUCACCACUCGUAUACAGUUUACACGAGGUUCCAGAAGAACGCGAUAGAUUAUUUCAUAACAAACGAGGUGUUCCCUUGGAAAGAAGUGCCCGAGUUGGUGAUAGGCCGUGUUGGAUAUGAUAACUGGAUAAUUGCAUAUGCUCGUUUUAGAGGUUUCGUGACGAUUGAUGCUUCGUCAGUCAUCUCGGCCAUACACCAGACGAGCAGUAAUGGGAAUUUCGAGGGGUUCCAAAACGGGAACUGGGAUUUUAACAGAGAGCUGAUCAAGAAAACAUACCCCCCUUUCAACUACGGCAUAUGGGGACAGACUGAUUGUUGUAGAUAUCGCGUGAUGUAUGACGACUGUAGUCGUGUUCAGGUGUUAAAACAGCAGGAUUUGCCUGCAUAUUGUGAUAAACUGAAUUUUAUCCCUUACGUUACACAUUCGUUAUUCGGAACUGAUGUACAUUACAUGGGGUAUAAACAGGGGUCAUGAUAUUUCGGCCAAGGUUUAUAUGAUUGCUAAAUAUCAGGUUUACAGCUACAUUUGCAGUUGGUUAUACCCGAACAUAUCGCAAUUAAAGAUGAUACACCGCCGACAUCCUAUACACCGCCGACAGCCUGUACAUCGCUUGCCACAAAAUAAUGCAUAAAACGGCACCCACGGUGAAGAAAUAUAUUGAAUUAACAAAAACCAAUGACGGCGACCUAAAACCAUCGCCUGCUUACAAUGUAUCGAGGCUCAAUGUGUUAGGGCGUGGUAAUAAUGUAAAAGAGAAUGGUACUUUGAGAGCGUGGUGAUAAUGUUACCGAGUGUGGUACUUUUGAUAUACAACAGCACAUUGUUUUCCAUCGAUCAUUAUUACACUUUGUCGGGGAUGUAACAUCUUUAAAGAAAUGACGUUUUUAACACAAAAUGUCCAAUAAUUCUAUUUUUCUGACAUAUUUAUUCAUUGCGUUGAUGAACACAUCAUUCGAAGAGAUAUAUUUCAAAAUACAUUCGAAAAUGAUAUAUAAAGGCCAGUAACAUUUUAGGACCUAUCUGUAUCGGUGUUUUACGAUUUGUUUUUUUGCUAUUUUAUAUUUACAUGUGCCAAUAACACUACUCUCAUCACUGAAGAGAGGAUGUUUCUGACUAUCUCGCACCGAAUCGCACAAACGUUUCGGUUACCGUACAUUAUUGUGCCUGUAUGUUAAUUAGACGAACAUAUCCGGUUAUGUUGUUAUAAGGUAUUUUUUUGUCGAUUGCAUGGUAACUUAAUUAUUGAAUUGUUUUGGCUAAAUGGCAUAUUUUUACUGGUGAAUUUUCAGUAAUGUCUUCGAAUGCGAAAAUCUUCACACCACGAAUAUUCCAGGAGUGGAAAGUGAACACUAUCUCCACACCACGAAUAUUCGAGGAGUGGAAAGUGGACACUAUCUCCACACCACGAAUAUUUGAGGAGUGGAAAGUGAACACUAUCUCCACACCACGAAUAUUC